CCCAGCCCUGGGAAGGCAGCCUGCCAGCCUGCUUAGCAUGCGCCUGUCAUUGCUGGGAGCAACUGCUGCUGCUAAGGAGCCGAGCUUGGAGGCCACGAGCAUCUCGGUCCAGUGUCCCCCCCCAUCCUGGCUCGUCAUAUGAUUUCUCCUAAGGGAUAACUGCUGAGCGGGACCGUGUCUCCAAGCUGAUCCUUUGGUGAUAAGCCGGCUGCCAAGCCUCCAGUGCUGAGACAAAAGAGUUCUUCCCUUCCCAGCAGGUUUUUCUGCUGUGAAUGACAGAGAAAGGGGGAAAAGUGAGCUACCUGGCACUGUUCGUGGGCAAGAGGCUUUGGGGGCUCCUUCUCUCCCGCUGUGCUGGCAGACCAUGGAGCUUUUCAGGCUGAGCCUGGGCUGUAUUUGUCUUCUUCCUUGGCUUGAGGUAGCAGCAGGACAAGGCUUCCUCAUACAGAACACCCACCUGGAAAAGUGCAUUCGUGUCUCCCUCCACGACACCAGCAGCAUCAGCCUGGCCAGCUGCAAGGCACACUCCCAGCAGCAGCAGUGGAGCUGGGACCCCGACACCAGGACCAUUGUCAGCCUCCAAACGAAGCGGUGCCUGUCGGCCCACAAGGCGCGGGACAAGGCUCUGGUCAAGCUGGAGCCCUGCGGAGACUGGGAACGCCAGGCGUGGUCCUGCAGCAAGAAGGGACACUUGACUCUGCAGAGUCUGGGCUUCCACCUUAGCACCCAGGAAGGAGGCCACAAGGUCUUUGUCUCGAGGAAGAAGGACAAACUCAGCAGGUGGAAGACUUUAGCAGAUGAAACCAUCUGUGCUGCUGCCCAGACAGCAGCUCGGAGGCCCAGCAAGCCAACACAACAAGCUGUAGACACACGUGUGUGGAUCUAUGAAACUAAAACCAUCGAUUCAUCAAAGAUCGAUGCCGUGGACAGAGAGCCUCCUGUGAUCUUGACUGACCCACCUCUGGCUAACAAAUGGAACAGCACAGUGUCUCCAGUGAGGACCAAACAGGCACAGCUCCCAGCAAAUGAGGAUGUAUCCCAGAAUCACUCUAAGAAGCAUGGAAAUCGAGGGAAAAACUCCGGGGCCAGGCUUGCAGGCACCAACUGGAAGACAGCAAUGCUGGUCCUCAGCCCCUUGGCAUUCAUACUGGGAUUAAUAAUACUGACACUCAAUGUUCACUACAACAAGAAGAAGAAAAUCCUCUCUGCCCUGAAGAGCUCUCCAGCCAACAGCAGCAGAGCUGACCUACGGGAGCCGACUCCCUUACGAAGAGGUCCCCAGCCAUACCUUCCACCAUCCCGCUCCCCUUCCCUGAGGCACGGAGAGAUCCUCAUCGAGUGGAAAGACGGGACUGUCACUCCUCUUUUUGACAAUGUCAGUUAUCAAAUGGACUAGCUUCAAAGUAACAGAGCUGCUGUUCCACCCCGUGUCAUUCUUCCCACCAGGAAGAAUGCCACCACAGCCUCCCUGCCCUUGCUGUUUUGACAGUAAGCACUGUUUGGGGUUUUUUAUUUUUCAACACUUGAGUACAAUCUCCUUGCACAGCACAGGGUUGAAGCAAGCAGUGUAGAUUGUUUGGUUUGUAGAGGCACAUGCUGCUUAGCAAUGCCAGAGCUGCUUUAACCCAUAACAAAGCCCAGGUUUACCUAAAUGAAGCUGAGACUUUCACCAGCUGCAACUGCUCGUGGAACCAAAAUUCUAUAAUUACUGAGCACAUGAGAAAGUAAAUCUUUGAAGACAAGGUAUAAGGGAAAAAAAUGAAAUCCUGAUCAUCCUUAAGUUCUUCUUAAGAUAAAACUAGCUGCCAACAGGCACAGGAGCCUGUCAGUUAUGUUGUCAGGGUGAGAAUAUAACUAAUAAGCACUACUUUCAGAACUCAAAAAAUUACAGUCUCCUCCACAUAUCUGCCAAAAUACUCACCCCCACUAAGUUGUCAAUUAAGUAACAGCAAACUAUUUUUCUAACUUAAAAGGCAGCACUCCAUUGUCCUCUCUGCAUGUCUGCAAGAGCCCUGCUGAGAAAGCAUGUGUCUCUCCAAAUACUUCCAUAUUUAGGAUGUACUAAACCUUAUUAAAAACACACAUCCUCUUUUGUUAAAUAGACUGGCAAGUAACGUCAGUCAUGCUUGUUGGGGAUAUUGCAUAUAGAGCCACAUUAUACCAGCUUCACUCUCUGAUCUCCUAUAAUCACAUGGAAUAGUCAAUGAACAGAUGUAUUGCUCCCGUCAGAGCAGCAAUAUAGUUUGGGGUUUUUUCUAGACGGGAGUAAGACACUGUUUUCAGCCUUUACACUUCUUGUUUGAGCGUAAUUACCUGUGACUGUCACACUCAGUCCUGGUCUCUCCUCGGUGAAACUUGCAGUGCCUUAGUGCUUUCCUAAUAUUCACGAAUUUAUGCUUUUCUUCUCUCUGAUUUUGAGACGAUGUAAUCAUGGUUAUAAGUCAAGAGUUACUUGCACAAAGAAAUACUAACACCAGGAAAUUACAAGUA